CCGGGUAUCCUUGGUGUGCAGCCCGGCUUCCGGUUUAAUUCCACAAGAUGGCGCUCUUUUAUACUAGAUGCCUUCAGGAGCUCCCGAAAAUAAGCAUUAACGAUGUCAACCGAAUCAUUCAGCGCAACACAGCAGCACCGCGUAGUAAGCGGGAGAAGGGUUUCAAGAUGUACAUUUCGAAUUAUAUCGACAAUUAUGAAGAUUGUUCUUGAUGGCUCCUGUCCAGUCCAGCUGUGUGAGGCUGUGUGCUCCUGUGUUGCUGGCAAGGUGCUCUGCAACCACAACGUCGCCCUACUCUUCCAGACGGCACACUACUCCCAGCUCCGCCUCAGUGCUGUACCGCCUGUACUCAGCUGCACUGAAACAGAGCAAAGCUGGCACAAGCCACGGACUAUGGGUGUGAAGCCUGGUCGAGUCAGGGACAUGGUCGUGGUGUCUGCCAGGCCGAAACAGAGGACUGUGGGAGGUGGUGUAAGAAGCACAUUGUAUAAAGCAGUGCGAGGGGAGCUUCCCGAUCCAGACACACUGAAGGUGACAGAGGCAUAUGCUGACUUCCCUGCAAUCCUGGCACCACUGAUCACCACCUUGGCCAUCAGUCCGGAUGUCCCGCUGGUUGACUCGGCACUAGGACAGGUCCAGGAAGGAAGCCUCAUCGCCACCCAGCACCCGGUGAUGGCCAGUAGAUGUAUUGAGGUCCAUCCUGAUGGUCCUCCACCACCACCUCUACCACUGGCUGGUUACAGGCUGGAGCCCACCGCCUGUCAGUAUGUGUGCAGCCUUCAACAACAACUACAUCUGGUCUCCCUCCAGACUUCCUGGGAAACAGCCAGACAGGUGGAGGCAUCUACUCGGGACCAAAGCCUGUCCGUGGAGUGGUACAGAGUGAGGAGCCAGCGAGUGACGUCGUCACACUUUCGAGAGGUCUGUCAUGUGCGUGGUCACAGUGCAGCACAAAAUCUUGCAGACAGAAUGAGGAAGGGCGUGAUACAGACCGCUGCCAUGAAGAGGGGCCUGGCACUAGAGCCGGUUGCUGUGGAGGAGUACAGCAGGGCCAAGAAUGUCAGCUAUUGGCCCUGUGGGUUUGUUAUUCAUCCGGACGCUCCAUGGUUGGGCAGUUCACCUGACGGCAUUGUCUUUGAUCCCACAGAAAAACCUCCAUUCGGCCUUGUGGAGAUCAAGUGCCCAAAUGUCAAAAGUUACGUUGACUGCAAGUACUUGAAGGCCAAUGGUGACAUAAUGUCACUGAAACGCCAAGAUGCCUAUUUCUGGCAGGUUCAGGGCCAACUCCUACUAACUGGCAUGGACUGGUGUGACUUUGUGGUGUUCGCAGAAGAAGACAUGGUCAUCCAGCGAGUAUAUAGAGACAAAGAAGUGGCAGAAGUGAUUAGAGAGAAAGGAGAUUACUUUUUCUUUCAUUAUUACAUGCCAGCCUGUUUAAAAUAAAAUAACUCUUGUCUUUGCCUUUUUA